GAUAUCGAAAGACUCGAUUUUUUACUGUAUAUUCCACGUGCGGCUGGAGCCAUAAUAUAGUUUCGUAUUUUUCUGUUUGUUUUUAAAGUAAUAUCAGAAGAAAAGAUGCCGCCCGUAAGGAAGCCCAAGCCCCAGAAGGCUCAGAAACAAGGGACUCCAUCCAAAUCUCCGGCCCAAGUCAAAACCGUAAUUUCUGGCCAGUUGAAAAAGAAACUAAACAAGGCGAAACCAGCUCCAAAGGAGCGUCAAGAGCGUGGAGUAGUAUUUAUCAAGCAUUUGCCACAUGGCUUCUUUGAGCAACAAUUGCGUCAAUAUUUCAAGCAAUUUGGGCAUGUAACGCGUGUGCGACUCGCACGUUCCGAGCGGACCGGCGGCAGCAAAGGGUUUGCUUUUGUUGAGUUCGAAUAUCCAGAGGUGGCCAAAGUAGCGGCCAACACCAUGGACAACUAUCUCAUGUUUCAGAAAGUGGUCAAGGCAACGUAUAUACCACCAGAAAAGCAAAGGUUUAAUUACUUCAAGAAUACCGUGAAGAAAGUCACAAAUAAGGCUGGCAAAGAAAUUUAUGUUUCGGAUGUAACGAAAGCCACGCAACGCAGUGUCAAACAACAAAACGAUUGGACCGAAGCUGCCUGCCAGAAACGCACUGUCGCAGGUAUCAAGAAACUAAAACAAAUGGAAAAGAAAUAUAAACAUUUGGGCAUUGAUGUAUCCAAUUUCAUCGUGGAGCCACUUAAGAAAUUGAAGGAGAGCUCAGAGCAAUCUAAACCGUCAACGAGCAAAAAUUCAAAGAUUCAGCGAAAGGAGUUGGAACUGGCUGAUCUUUUGGGCAACACCAUUAACGAGGACUCGGAUGAUGAGGAUUAUGUGGAUGAAAGUGAUGAUGAUAGUGAACCAGAACUCGACAGCUCUGAGGAUGAUAGCGAUAAUGAGUCUGAGGAAGAGGUGAAGCCAAAAGCAGCAGCCAAAAAGAUACAGAAGAAAACCACAGGCGCUGAGCGCUUAAUCGAGCUGGCCAAACGCAAGCCCGGCUCAGGUGGUGUGCAGAAGAAGAAGACCGCCGCAGUGUCCAAAACUACUCAAAAGGCAGCUACAAAAACACUGCAGCUGGCAGCAGCCAAACAGUUGGCCAAGCCAUUGCAAAAGAAGAUUGGCAAGAAGCUAAAGAAGUAGAAUUUUAG